UAUAUAUGUGUGUGUUUAUGAACAUACCGUAUACACGUGAGAAUGCGUGUCACUCGUUGACGCAGCUCGGCGGUAGGAUUACAGCAGCCGAUCCGGGGACUAUUUGUGUGUAGAUCUGUCUGAGCAGCUUCAUACAGGGGCUGGACGUCUGCCACUGCUGCCUCUUCCUCCAUGCCUUUGGUACAGCACCGUCACUGUUUCUAGAUUAAACAGAGGCCUGCUCAGGAUGCAUAGGUUCACUUUAUUAACGGCUGAGGCUGUGAACUCCUGAACAUCACCUAGAGUGGGGAGGUCACCUCAUUUAUCUGACUGGAGACAUCCUCAGGAGCAGGCCCACCACCGUUCAUCUGUAUUUAAGAAGAGGAGCAGCUGACACCUGUAUCAGCAGAGAUAUGGCACCGUGUGGCCCACUGCGAAUACCUUUCUUGGGACCCAAUGUGUAUCCAGAGAUCCCUGAUGGAGGCUGGGGGUGGCUGGUGGCUGUGGCCUUUUUCUUGGUGGAGGUCUUCACUUAUGGGACCAUCAAGAGCUUUGGCAUUUUCCUCCAGGACCUGAUGGGGGAGUUUGGGGAAACCAACAGUCGAGUCUCCUGGAUUGUUUCAAUAUGUGUAUUUGUCAUGACCUUCAAUGGUCCUCUCUCUUCUAUAAUGACGAAUCGUUUUGGAUUCCAACUCGUUGUUAUGACUGGUGGGUUCCUUAUUUCUACGGGUACCAUUGCCACCAGCUUUACCACCUCCAUUAAUCAAAUGUACUUCACCUACGGACUAGUUGCAGGGCUGGGCUACUGUCUGACAUUCCUGCCCACUGUCACUAUCUUAUCCCAGUACUUCAACCGCAGGCGGUCUCUGGUCACAGCUGUGGCUUCCACUGGAGAGUCCCUGGCCAUGUUUGCCCUGGCUCCAGCCUUUUCUGCACUGAGGGACCAAAUGGGCUGGCGGCAUACUAUGGCAGUGAUAGGAUCCUUGCAAGGAACCAUAGUCAUCUGUGGCGCCCUUCUCAGACCAAUUAUUAUCAAACCUAGAACCACCCAGGAGAUAGAAAAUGAUGAAUCCUCCAAAAAUGAACUGGAAGCUCUCAGUCCACAGAAGACUGUAGACACAUGUGGAACAAACAAAACCUCAUUUGAAGCAGAUACGUCCUACAGUCAGGACAAUGAACUAACCAGACACUCUGUGAGCACUGGAGACUCGGGUGUCCAGUCUCUGAAGGACAACACCUCUGAGGAGGGGACUUUGCUGCAGAAGGAUGCAGGUUUAGAGACAGAAGAGAAGAAAUCAGUGAACAACUGUAAUGCAUACGCACAGGAAUCUGAAAAACAAGAGCGAAACAAUAAAGAUGUAGAGAAUCAAGUGAUGCAAAAAAGUGAAGAUGUAGCUGCAAAAAAACUUAUAGAUUUCUCCAUCCUCAGAGAACACAGCUUCAUCCUAUAUUCUUUGUUUGGACUCUUUGCAACGCUCGGCUUCUUUGCCCCUCCGCUCUACAUAAUAGAACUGAGUGUAAGUCGAGGUGUGGAACGGGAACAUGCCACAUACAUGCUCUCCACAAUGGCCGUGGCUGAAAUCUUGGGCAGAUUCUCCAUUGGUUGGAUCUUGACAAGGAAGCAGUUCAUGACGAGGAAGCUGCUUGUGCUUCUGGGUUGUGUAAUUAUGAUGACUGUUGAUCUGGUGGGAUUUACGUUGGUCCAGGAGUUCUACGGGCUGGCUGUGUGUUGUGCUGUGUAUGGGUUCUUUAUGGGAACCCUGGCGUGUACCCACAUCCCCAUGCUGGCUGAAGAUGAUGUAGUAGGCAUAGAGCGGAUGUCUUCGGCCGCUGGUGUGUAUGUGUUCAUACACAGCUUUGCCGGGCUGGCCGGACCCCCACUUGGUGGUGUGUUGGUGGACGUCACUAACAACUAUGGAUCAGCGUUCUAUUCCUGUGCUGUCGGCAUGGCCCUCAGUGCCGUGUUCCUGGGUUUGGUCAGACCGGCUAAGAGAGGGUUAAUCUGUAAUAAGAGGAACUCUAAAUGUCCAGAAGACACAAAUGAAAGGACAGACGACUCUGUGGAACAACCUACAGACCAUAUGGCGGACAAAAGAAAUGACAGUCCAGAGGAUUUGUCCAAAAUAGAUGUGAACUUAGAUGACAAUCAGAGAGAGGCUACUAGAAAUGCAGAGGAGGUUAUAAGUUUUGCUUGAGAGACGAUGGGUCAGGGUCAACAAAGAUCAAGCCAUAUUAGUUGAAAGGGUCAUGAGCUACUGCUGGUAGAGUGAGAUGGAUACAACUGAAGAAGAUCUGUAUCACAUGUUCAUAAUCUACUGUUGUAGAUCUAGUCUCUGAGCCCAACCUCAAACAUUUUUACAUCACUUAACAUACAGUAUGUAAUAACUGUACCGUACAUUACUAAACAGUGUUUUACCAAGAGUCAUGACCAUUAAAAUACUGUUUUAGACAGUCUUGCUCUAAAGGUCAGUGUUGUAGGAAGUGAAGGAAAGGACUUGUUCCAAAUGGACCAUCAGUGAUGUGCUGUUAAUGGAGGAGCCUUGGUUUGAAAUAUUCCAGAAAGAAGCUGCUGCGCUGAAACUUCAUAAACUAAUUCAAUCACCUCCUUCCUGAUCACCAGCGCCUUAAUGUAAAACUGAAAUAAUGUAGCGACGAGAACAAGAAAGCGCACGAAUUAUGUAACAUGUCUGUUAAAAGAUCCAUGAAACUCAGGUCAAUAGUAUUUUUUUUUUAUUUUUGAUCAACCUGUAAACAAACUGACAAUGCACUGUUAUGUUAUAUGUGAUAUCAGAAUCAAGCUAUUUUUGUAAUAAAGAAGUUCAACCACAAUAAAGCCACUGAGUGACUUGAACCCUUAAAUUAUAAAUAAAGGUUUACUGCAAUAAAUUUCAA